AUGGCGUCCGUACGGAGAUGCGUUGGCCUCACACGAGCGCUACAGCUGAGCUCACCCUCGUCGGCCAGAGUUGUCCCGAGACCGGUGGCGGGAUUAAAUGUGCUGAGACAUACGAGGGCGCUGAGCUCGACGAGACCGCGGAUGACGACGCUGGCGUCUUUCAAGAUACCCAAGGUGUUGAACGAGCCGAACCAACACUAUGCGAAGGGCUCGCCAGAGAGACAGGGUCUGCGGUCUGCAGUUAAUGCGUGGAAGAACAAGGGCGCAGUAGAAGUUCCUCUUGUAGUGGGAGGAGAGGAGGUCACCACAUCACAGACUGCGACACAGCACAACCCCGCGGACCACGCCACAACAGUCGCGAGAUACUCUCUUGCCAGCCCCUCCGAUGUCAGCAAUGCCAUUGACGCGGCCCUUGCUGCGAAGCCAGCUUGGGAGUCUCUUCCCUUCGCCGACCGGGCAGCCGUCUUCCUCAAGGCAGCAGAUCUGAUCUCUACCAAGUACCGAUACGAGAUCAUGGCUGCUACCAUGGUCGGCCAAGGCAAGAAUGCAUGGCAGGCCGAGAUCGACUCCGCAGCCGAGUUGUGCGACUUCCUUCGCUUCAAUGUCCAGUACGCCGAGGAGAUGUACGCUCAACAACCAGCCCAUAACUCGACGGGCGUAUGGAACCGGGUGGAGUACCGGCCGCUCGAGGGCUUCGUGUAUGCGGUCAGCCCCUUUAACUUCACCGCCAUCGCUGGGAACUUGCCUGGCGCUCCUGCGCUUCUGGGUAAUGUUGUGGUCUGGAAGCCGUCCGAUUCUGCGAUUGCUUCCAACUGGCUGCUCUACCAGAUCCUGCUCGAAGCCGGACUUCCCAAGAACGUGAUCCAGUUCGUGCCCGGCGACCCAGAAGAAGUCACGAAGGUGGUUCUCGCCCACAGGCAGUUUGCUGCUCUGCACUACACCGGAAGCACUGCUGUCUUCCGUAAGCUCUACGGCCAGAUCGGUCAAGGCACUGCGGAGGGGCGUUACCAAGGAUACCCGCGCAUUGUCGGCGAGACCGGCGGCAAGAACUUCCACCUGAUCCACUACUCGGCCGACAUCGAGAACGCCGCCAUCCAGACCGUCCGCGGCGCCUUCGAAUACCAGGGCCAGAAGUGCAGUGCCACAAGCCGCGUGUAUGUACCAAAGUCAGUGUGGCCGCAGUUCAAGGAGAAGCUAGUCAGCGAGACCAACGCGCUCAAGGUCGGAGCGCCCGAGGAUGCCGCAAACUUCAUCGGCCCCGUGAUCCACGAGCCCAGCUUCAAGAAGCUCUCGGGCGUCAUCGACGCCGCCAGGGGCAACAGCGAGCUCGAGCUCCUGGCCGGCGGCAAGUACGACAACUCCAAGGGCUACUUCGUCCACCCCACCAUCUACCAGACCACCAACCCGGCGCACAAGCUGCUGUCGACGGAGCUCUUCGGGCCCAUCCUCACAGUGUACGUUUAUGAUGACGCGGCAGGCGGCGACGCAGAAAAGGCCUUCGUCGACACCUGCAGGCUCGUCGACGAGACGACCGACUACGGCCUCACGGGCGCCGUGUUCGCCGGCGACCGCGCGGCGAUCCGCAUCGCCGAGGAGGCGCUGCGCAACGCGGCGGGCAACUUCUACGUCAACUGCAAGAGCACGGGCGCCGUGGUGGGCCAGCAGCCGUUCGGCGGCGCGCGCGCGAGCGGCACGAACGACAAGGCCGGCAGCAUGAAUUUGCUCGGCCGCUUUGUUAGCGUGCGCAGUCUGAAGGAGGAGUUUGUGCCGACUACGAGGGUGGCUUAUGCUAGUAAUGAGGUUUGA